AUGGCAGCAAGACUAAAGCAAUUGCAAGGCAAGGCUUGCGAAGCCACAAAAUACGUGGCCAAGCAUGGAACUGCCUACUACAAGCAGUUGAUGGAGCAGAAUAAGCAAUAUGUUAGAGAGCCACCCACUGUGGAAACAUGCAAUGCAUUAGCCAAGAAGCUGUUUUACACUCGUCUUGCGAGUAUCCCGGGCCGUACAGAGACUUUCUGGAAGGAAAUUGAUUACAUGAAAAAUAUGUGGAAGCACAGGCACGAGCUGAAGGUCGAAGAUGCUGGCAUUGCUGCUUUAUUCGGGAUCGAGUGCUUUGCGUGGUUUUGUGCUGGUGAGAUUAUUGGGAGGGGAUUUACGUUUACCGGUUACUACCCCUGA